AUGGCAAUUAAUACUCGGAGUGGGAAGGUACUACAAGGAGAGAGUGAACAAGUAGUUGAAGUAAAAGUGUCCGAACAUGAGGUUGAGGUUGAAGAGCCAAGUGUUGUUGAAGUUGAAAAGCUUCCGGAAGAAUUGAAAGUGCAAGAAGAAAACCGGGAAAAGGUAAAGGAAAAGAAAGAAGACUCGGGAGCUUUCACUAUUCCAUGUACUAUUGGGGCACAUGAUUUUGCAAGGGCACUUUGUGAUAAUGGGGAUAGCAUCAACUUAAUGCCUCAUGCCAUUUACAAUCAAGCAGGGUUAGGUAUGCCAAGGCCCACAAGUAUGAAAUUGCAAAUGGCCGAUCGUUCCAUAAAGAGACCUGUGGGAAUUGUCGAUGAUGUUCUUGUUAAAGUGGGAAAGUUUCAUUUACCCGCCGAUUUCAUAAUCCUUGAUUGUGCGGUUGACAAAGAGAUCCCUAUCAUUUUGGGGAGACCAUUCCUUUCCACAGGAAGAGCACUAAUGGAUUUGGAACGGAAUGAGAUCAAAUUCUGUGUGAAUGAUGAAGAGGUUACAUUCCAAGCAAGCAAGGGUAUGAAACUACCACAUGAAUAUGAAAGCAUCUCGAUGAUUGAUGUUGUUGAUGAAGUGGAAUAUGCGGUUGAAAUGAAAAUGGAAGAACAAUGCCUCGGGGAGGCGUUGGUGGCUAUUUUUGGUGAACUUUGA